AUGGAGUUAACCACCAGACCUCCUCUUGACUACAUAACCGUCAAAACAACGCUCCCCAAUUAUCCUCUCCCUCCCAAUGGCGAGCGAAAACCAUUUCGAACACAGCGUCUGACCAUGCGGCCCAUGACCGAAGACGAUCUCGAGUUUCUCCGUAGUCUUCGCUCAGAGCCAGAAGUCAUGAUAUGGUCGACGCAGGGUAGGCCCGACAAGUUCAUCGAACAAACCAAGGAGAGUCUCGGCCUCCGUCUGCCUCCAAACGAUGUCAAAGGAUACGACUGGGCCAUCUGCCUCUCCGAGACUGGUGAACCCAUCGGAUUAGGAGGUACUGGCAUGUGGUCAGGCGAGCUUGGCUGGCCAGCUAUGGGAUACAGCUUCUUGAAGGCGCAUUGGGGCAAAGGUUAUGCGUCCGAGUUCCUGAAAGGCUUCCUUGAUCAGUGGUGGUCGUUGCCAAGAAAUGAGGUUGAGAUCUCGGUGGAUAAGAACACCGUCCGGGGUGAUGGUGAUGUCAAAGAGGAAUGCGUCUCAGCCAUCACGGUAGGUGACCACGUUGCAAGCCAGAAUGUCCUCAAGAAGUGCGGGAUGGAAUUUGCGACGUCGUGGACAGAGCCCGAUCUCAGGGACCUCUCUCAAGAAGUCACCCUGCAUGGGUUUGUUGCGCGCAAGGGAAAGGUUGUCUAG